AUGGACCAAAAACUAAACUCACAGGUGAAAAUGAAUCUGAUGAACCUUGGGGCCAGACCAGAACAAACUCAGCCCAAACCUCUGGAGAGAGGCCAGUGGGCCAGUAAGGUGGAGUUCAUCCUGGCAGUGGCUGGACACAUUGUUGGCCUAGGAAAUGUCUGGAGGUUUCCAUACCUUUGUUACAAAAAUGGAGGAGGAGCUUUCUUCAUUCCCUAUGUUUUGUUCUUGUUCACCUGUGGCAUCCCACUCUUCUUCCUGGAGACAUCUUUGGGCCAAUACACCAGUCAGGGUGGAAUAACAUGUUGGAGAAAAAUCUGCCCUCUUUUUGAAGGUUUAGGUUAUGGAAGCCAAGUGGUUGUUUUGUACACUGGAGUGUAUUACAUCAUCAUAUUGGCUUGGACAUUUCUCUACCUAUUUUCGUCCUUCAAGCCUGAGCUCCCAUGGGCGAGCUGCCACAACAGCUGGAACACAGAUGGCUGUUUUGAGCACGGUCACAACCAAACAACCCCUCUGCUCCUGUAUGGAAAUAGUACAUCUUCAGUUGUAGAAUUUUGGGAGCGGAGAAUCUUGGGCUUGUCCAGUGGUAUUGAGGAAAUUGGAAAUAUUCGUUGGGACUUGGCUCUUUGUUUACUUCUUGCCUGGGUGUUGUGUUACUUUUGUGUCUGGAACGGAGUGAAGUCCACAGGAAAGGUGGUAUACUUCACUGCCACAUUUCCGUAUGUAAUGCUGGUGGUGCUGCUUGUUCGUGGUCUUACAUUACCGGGGGCCAAGGAAGGCAUCAUGUUCUACCUCUACCCAGACCCAUCCCGCCUCACCGAUCCAGAGGUAUGGAUGGAUGCUGGCAGCCAGAUUUUCUACUCCUAUGGAGUUUGUACCGGUGUUCUGACAUCUUUAGGAAGUUACAACAAGUACAGCAACAACUGUUACAGAGACUGUAUUUACCUGUGCCUGUUGAACAGUUUCACCAGCUUCGUAGCUGGCUUCGCCAUCUUUUCUGUGCUUGGUUUCAUGGCAAAGGAGCAAGGUGUGGAUAUAUCGAUGGUGGCUGAAACAGGUCCAGGUUUGGCAUUUAUUGCUUAUCCUCGAGCUGUGGCUCUAAUGCCACUUCCUCAGCUCUGGGCUGUUUCCUUCUUCGUUAUGAUCAUCUUCCUAGGAUUAGACAGCGAGUUUGUUUAUCAAGAGUCGUUGGUCACAACCAUCUCCGACAUGUAUCCCUCAUUCUUUCAAAGCAACUGUCGCCGUAAACUCCUCCUUCUUGCCAUUAGUGCUGCAAGUUUCCUUCUUGGCCUUGUGAUGGUUACAGAGGGAGGCCUUUAUAUUUUCCAGUUGUUUGACCACUAUGCUUGCAGUGGGAUGACACUUCUACUUUUUGCUGUUCUUCAGUCUCUCUGUAUUGGAUGGGUCUAUGGUGCAGAUCGUCAAUAUGAUAAUAUAAAGGACAUGAUUGGAUAUCGACCGUGGCCUUUUAUGAAAUAUUGUUGGCUGUACUUCACACCAGCUAUCUGCACUUUCACAUUACUCUUCUCUGUGGUCAAAUAUACUCCACUCAAAUUCAACAACACUUAUGAAUACCCCUGGUGGGGCUACGCCAUCGGAGGAUUUUUUACUCUCUCAUCAACACUCAUGGUGCCCCUGUGGAUGCUGUACGCUGUGAGUGUCACUCCAGGAACACUGAGACAGAGACUGAAAAUUCUGUGCACUCCAGCAAUGGACUUACCUACAGCCACAUUAAAGAAAACAUCAAAUCCUGAAGCUUUCCAGACUUUCACUGGCUUGUACACACUACGCAUAACAGAAAACCCUGAUGACAGAGAUGACAGAGCUCAGAGAACAUCAAUUAUUUGA